CCACGAACUCUCGGAGACUGAGACGCUGCUGACCAGGGCGUUUGCAAGCUGCAGCAUCCAACCAGUCGCAAAAAUACCUCUACUCUCGUGCUUAGCCCACUGACUUGCUCGGCCUGCUGAUGUGCUUGAUGCUCGUCUCUAAGCAAAAGGGUAUAUAUAGGUUCUCAGGUCCGAAGGAAACUCUCCUUCAUCCAUCAUCAUUCACAAGAGCUUUAGAUAGUAGUUUCCACAAAGCGAAAGUUUGGGACUAUUAAGAUCACCUCAACUUUAUCCUGCAAUACCAAACACCCUCUCCCAAUCAGCACCAUGCAAAUCAGCUUCAUUCUCACUGCCGUCUUCGCUCUAGGCGCUGCUACGGGAGCCUCUGCCACUGCUAAUCGUAAAGCCAAUGAGUUUACAAGCGGUAACUGUGCCCAAGGAACCGCCUCCUAUGAGCAUCAAAGCAACUACAACGUCGACGUCACGAUGGACGAUACCAGUCAUUCCGUCUACUUUGCCUCCGGGCCCUGGUUCUACUACGGCGGCAAGACCGGGAACGGCGGCAGGUGUACGGGCGAUUUGCUAGGAAGCUGGGCGAACGAUAAUAGUCAUCCAUGUGUGAAUUUGGAUCGAAGGGGUGCUGACGGUCGUCGUAUUAAGUGCGUUAAGUGGAAUAAUGGGAUCUAAGUUAAGGUCUUAUAGGGAAAUCUAAUCUAUUAGAUGAAUAGUAGUAUGAAGCUAAUAGGGCUAAGGAAGUUAAAUGGAAU